GACUUUUGGGGCGGGCGAGCAGUGGCCCUUGGUGUCCUCUAGCUGUGCACUGACGGGGGCUGGUUGCUGGGCGCUCGUCGCUGCAGGGAAGCUGCUGGCCCCCAGCUCCUGUUUCCCUGAUUAUUGGCCAUGUUGGCCAAGGCCAAUGCGGGCUGAAGUCCAACAGCACCUGGGGGGCCCCAUCUUCCCAACCUUUGUUCCAGUGCAUAACUAAAGGCUUUCUUCAGUGGGAUCUGCUGUACCUUUUCUCUCUUCAGCAGCACAUUCUGUGAUGAUACGGUGUUUUCUUCUCCUUAAGCAACUCCUUUCAUGUGAGGGGGAAAAAGCCGUCUUGGAUCCCUUCAUGGGCUGUGCUUGGUGACGACCAGAGAGUCUGUUCUGACAUCUCCCAAAUCCCUGCUCUUGCUUGGAGGAAAACAAGAUGUGGCAUGAAGCCCGGAAACAUGAGCGGAAGCUCCGGGGGAUGAUGGUGGAUUACAAGAAACGAGCUGAGCGCCGGAGAGAGUAUUAUGAAAAGAUAAAAAAGGAUCCAGCCCAGUUCCUGCAGGUCCAUGGCCGUGCAUGCAAGGUUCACUUAGAUUCUGCUGUGGCUCUGGCAGCUGAGAGCCCCGUGAACAUGAUGCCAUGGCAGGGGGACACCAACAACAUGAUCGACCGCUUUGAUGUCCGAGCCCACCUGGACCACAUCCCCAUGUACACUCCUCCGCUGCUGAACCCCAUUUCUCCCGAGCAGGAGUCGGACGAGAGGAAAUGCAACUAUGAAAGGUACCGGGGUUUGGUGCAGAACGACUUUGCUGGCAUUUCAGAAGAGCAGUGCCUCUACCAGAUCUACAUCGACGAGCUCUAUGGGGGGCUGCAGAAGCCCAACGAGGAUGAGAAAAAGAAGCUGGCAGAGAAGAAGGCCUCCAUCGGUUACACGUACGAGGACAGCACGGUGGCAGAGCUGGAAAACCCCUCCGAGAAACGCACGGAGGAGGAGGACUCCGAGGAAGACAGCAACACGGACGAGGACGAAGUCAUUCCUGAUAUCGAUGUCGAAGUCGACGUGGAUGAGCUGAACCAGGAGCAAGUUGCUGACCUGAACAAGCAGGCGACCACCUACGGGAUGGCCGAGGGAGACUUUGUCCGGAUGUUGCGGAAGGACAAAGAAGAGGCAGAAGCCAUCAAACACGCCAAAGCCUUGGAAGAGGAGAAAGCUAUGUACUCGGGCCGGCGCUCCCGGCGGCAGAGGAGGGAAUUCCGAGAGAAGCGCUUGAAAGGAAGGAAGAUCAGUCCUCCCAGCUACGCCCGCAGGGACAGCCCUACCUAUGAUCCCUACAAGCGAUCGCCCUCCGAAUCGACGUCCGAGUCCCGCUCCCGCUCCCGCUCGCCUUCCCCGGGCCACGAGGAGAAGAUCACCUUCAUCACCAGCUUUGGGGGCAGCGACGAGGAAGCAGCCGCCGCUCAAGCCGGAGGAGCCCCCCGGAAGGCUGCCUCCCUCGGCAAGGCACGCGCCAGCCAAGUGCAGCAGGGCAGCACUGCGGCAGGUCAUAGCGCCUCCUCCCGGCGACGCUCCUCCUCCUCUUCCUCCUCCUCCUCCUCCUCCACGUCGUCGAGCUCCUCCUCCUCCUCCUCCAGCUCGCGGUCCCACCGGGCCAGCGGGUAUCACAGAGCCAGCCGCUACAGCCACUCACGCAGCCACAGGUAUUCCCGGUCCCGCAGCAGAACCAGGCGGUACUCGGCGGGAGGCUCGCGGGACGGACGCCGCCACUCCAGGUCUCGCUCGACGGAGCGGGGCUGGCGAUACGGCUCCCGCCGCAGGUCCAGGAGCCAUUCCCGGUCUGGGGAGCGCUACCGAUGGAGCAGCGGCAGGGCGGGGAGGCACUGGACCAGCAGCACCAGCAGCCGGAGUGAGAGCGAAUCGCGAAGCCGCAGCAGGUCAGCGUCUCCAGCCAGAGAGAAACCGCUGAGGCCUGCGGCUUCCCCUGCCAUAGGGGAGAAACUGAAAAAGGCUGAAACUGCCGGUGGUAAAGAGACAGGAGCUGCCAAAGAUCAAGGCAUAUCUUUGGAAUCCUGCCAUGUACAGGACGGAAACUCUCGGAUUACUGAGUGGAACACAGACACUUCAAAGCCAAAGCUGACUCCACAGGAGAAGCUGAAGCUGCGCAUGCAGAAGGCGCUUAACCGGCAAUUUAAAGCAGAUAAGAAAGCUGCCCAGGAGAAAAUGAUGCAACAGGAGCAUGAAAGACAGGAGCGAGAAGACGAGUUGCGUGCCAUGGCUCGGAAGAUCCGGAUGAAGGAGCGCGAGCGUCGCGAGAAGGAGCGUGAGGAGUGGGAGCGACAGUACAGCCGCCAGAGCCGUUCCCCUUCCCCGCGUUACAGUCGAGAAUAUAGCUCUUCAAGGAGGCAUUCGCGUUCCCGAUCUCGGAGCCCUCACUACCGCCACUAGAGGUGAUUUCUGGCACAGCGCUGCGCUGGCCUUCCACUGCAUCACCAGGUCCCAUGUGAUCCUGCUGUACAUUGCUGGUUUUGUUUUUAAGUUGUAAAAAAAAUUUAAAAAAUAAAAGUGGUUGACUCUUCACAGGGGCCUUCAGGCA